AUAUUGUCAUUUGUUAAUUUGUUAUUAUCUCGACCGGACAACGGAGAAAAAACCGAUUACGUUAUGUUAUAAUCGUUUAAUUUCGCAUGAACGAUAAUAAAAUGGUAAAAUAAUUUCUAUUUUUAUAACACUAUCAUUAAUGACCAUGUUAAAAAUUUCAUUCAUUCUGUUCUGUUCGGCCGUUGGAGAAGUUUAUGCGAAAGAUCAAAAACUUAAAAACUAUUCAUUGAACUCCAUAGUGGAUCAACUAUCAAGUAUUUCGAAGUGUUAAAAUUAAUUUUAUCACUUAUUCUGAGAUGUCAUGAAAAUUGAAGAACAAUAUAACAUCAUACGAUCAACAAAAAUGCCAAAAACGAAGAAAAAAGCCAUUAAUGAUAAAAAACAAUGCCCAUCAAAAAGAACUGUGUCUAAAAGACAGAGUAGAUCUGCAUUUAAAUUUGAUAUAAAAAAAAUUCUGAAAGAGAGGCGCUCUGAAGGAAAACUUUUGAAACAAAGUGCUAAACUUGAUGAAGAAAUGAAAAUUAUUGACGACUUGUAUCAAGAAAAAGUAAAUCAGACUAUUGACUUUGAAGACAACGAUAAACUUCCUCUCGUUUUAAAAAAUUUGGAUCGUGUUAUUAUUGACCACUCUAAUUAUAAUAUACCCUUUAAAGAUAAUUUAGAUGUUGAUUCAACAAAAUUGUGUAUACAACGCUUACGUAUCAUGUCAAUUGAGGAAAAUGAAGUUGAAGCCAAUAUUCAUUUUAAUCAUUUGAUGAAAGCAAAUUGGUCUCCAGAAUUUGGUGAUGUUCUUAAUAUUUUAUAUCAAUGGAGAGCUGAUUUGGAUACUCCAACUACUGAUCCAUCAUUAGAAUAUCAAAACAUUGGGCGGCAUAAUUUUGAAUUAGUAAUAAAUUUCAUAUCUUACAAUAUACUGAAAAAUAAUGAAAAAUUUAGUGUUGCUGAGCUGUUAACAAUAGCUAAAUAUAUUGUUAAAAUAUCUUUUGAUCGUCUGUGUGGACAAAUGAUAAAUGUGAUUAAAAGAUUAUUUAGUACUUGUAUUGAAACAGCUUUAAAAGAAGACAACAAUACCACUAUUAUGGCAUUCGCUCAAGAAUUGUAUUCUAAAUACAAUGAAGAUGAUUUAUUAGAUAUGAUAGUGAAUUUAUUUCUACCUUUGGAAGGACAAAUAAUGAAAAAAAUUUAUAUUUACUUAACAUACAAACUAUACAAGUCACUUUUAGGAAAGAAUGAUACAUGUGCAUUUCCGUCUAGCAUCAAAGAAUGGUUUGUACAAGAUUUUGUGGAUAAGAAUUAUUUCAAUAAAAAUCCCAAAAAAGUAUUAUUCAGUGUUAUUCAGUUGUUAGAACAUGUUGUGGUUAUACUUGAUUUAUAUGAAGAAGAAGAAAAACUGCAUAAAAUGUAUAAUUUUCUGAACGCAGCGCUCAAACCUACUGGAUUGUCAAAUUCUCUAAAAUUUAUUAAUAUUUUGGACCAAUGGAGGUUACGAUUAUUUCGUUUACAUGUCAAUCGCAAAACUAGUUGUAAAUAAUGAUACUACUGAUAAAGUAUUAAUCUAUAAGUAAAUCUUAAGUAUUGUUAAUCUUCUAUCAAAUUUAUUUUUUGUAUUCUACAUAUAUGUUAUUAAAAUAUUGGUA